UUCCUGCAAAAUCCCCAGGUUCCCCCUUUCCAGGCCUCUCUCUUGCAUGCUCAAACCGAUUACGUCCUCGCUUAAGGACUGCAUUAACCUUAGAUACAUAUUAAUCGAGGAAGAACAGAGAACUAUAGGACGAUCGGAUCUUUGAUUGGAAGAGGAGGAGAAAGAUGGGCUUAAAACGCCUUCUUGUUGAGGUCUCAAAACAGCGACAGCAACUGGGGUUUGCAAAAUUCUCAUUUACAAGUUCUUAUUUUACUUCACAGAAAUUCGGAUUUCAUGCAGCAUACAAGCUUCCCGGUGCUCAGAGAAGGUUCCAGUCCAGUUAUGUGGGAAGUUUCGCACGAAGAUUGCGUGAACGUGAUGCAGAUGGAUUAAACAACACAGGUUAUCUUAGGGAGCUUUAUAGUCGAAAUGAUCCAGAGGCCGUCAUAAGACUUUUUGAAAGUCAGCCUUCGUUGCACUCUAAUCCAUCAGCACUUAAAGAGUAUGUGAAGGCCCUGGUCAAAGUUGAUAGAUUAGAUGAAAGUGAGCUGCUCAAGACAUUGCAAAGAGGAAUGGCAAGCUCUGGUACCUCAACAUUCGAUGAAGACAGUAUUGGUGGCCUCUCAGUUUUGAAGAAUGUGGGGAAAUCAACAAAAGAGGGUGUAUUAGGAACUGCUGCUGCUCCUAUACAUAUGGUGGCUACUGAAGGAGGACAUUUCAAAGAGCAGUUAUGGCGCACAGUUCGUGCUCUAGGCAUGGCCUUUCUACUGAUUUCUGGUGUUGGAGCCCUCAUUGAGGAUAGAGGAAUCACUAAAGGACUGGGUCUACAUGAUGAGGUGCAACCCAGUAUGGAAACUAAUACAAAAUUUAGUGACGUGAAGGGUGUAGACGAGGCAAAAGCUGAGCUUGAAGAAAUUGUUCAUUAUCUUCGGGACCCUAAGCGAUUCACCCGUCUUGGUGGGAAGCUUCCGAAAGGUGUUUUGCUUGUUGGUCCUCCAGGGACCGGAAAAACCAUGUUAGCCAGGGCUAUCGCGGGAGAAGCAGGGGUGCCAUUCUUCUCAUGUAGCGGUAGCGAGUUCGAAGAGAUGUUUGUUGGUGUUGGGGCACGUAGGGUUAGAGAUCUCUUCACUGCAGCAAAAAAGCGGUUGCCAUGCAUAAUUUUCAUAGAUGAGAUAGAUGCCAUUGGAGGAAGCCGUAACCCUAAGGACCAACAGUACAUGAAGAUGACUUUGAAUCAGUUACUUGUUGAAUUGGAUGGCUUUAAACAAAAUGAAGGCAUUAUUGUUAUUGCUGCUACUAACUUCCCACAGUCAUUGGAUAAGGCACUCGUAAGACCUGGUCGAUUUGAUCGUCGUGUGGUUGUCCCAAAUCCCGAUGUUGAAGGCCGGAGGCAAAUAAUGGAAUCUCACAUGUCAAAGAUUUUGAAGGCAGACGAUGUGGAUUUAAUUGUCAUUGCUAGGGGAACACCUGGAUUCUCAGGUGCUGAUCUUGCAAACUUGGUUAACGUUGCCGCUCUCAAGGCAGCAAUGGAUGGUGCCAAGGCGGUGAGCAUGGCUGACCUAGAGUACGCCAAGGACAAGAUCAUGAUGGGCAGUGAACGCAAAUCAGCCGUCAUAUCGGACGACGUUCGUAAGCUGACAGCAUACCAUGAAGGCGGCCAUGCCCUUGUUGCUAUACAUACUGAUGGCGCCCAUCCUGUACACAAAGCCACAAUCGUUCCUCGAGGGAUGGCUCUUGGUAUGGUAGCCCAAUUGCCCGAUAAAGAUGAAACGAGCGUAUCCCGCAAAGAAAUGCUUGCUCGGCUCGAUGUUUGUAUGGGUGGAAGGGUUGCCGAAGAACUUAUUUUCGGUGAAAAUGAAGUUACUUCAGGAGCAUCCUCAGAUCUCGAGCAAGCCACUCAUCUUGCAAGAGCAAUGGUCACGAAAUACGGGAUGAGCAAAGAGAUCGGGGUCGUUGCUCACGAUUACGACGAUAAUGGGAAGAGCAUGAGUACCGAAACUCGGCUCCUAAUUGAAAAGGAAGUUCGGGAAUUGUUGGGAAAAGCUUACGAUAAUGCCAAGAACAUUCUCGUUACUUAUAGCAACGAGCACCACGUGCUCGCUAACGCGUUGCUCGAGCACGAAACACUGUCGGGAAAACAGAUCAAAGAAAUGCUUGCUCAAUUGAAGUCACAGCCACAGCAACAACAGCAUCUGGCGGCAGCAGCAGUUGCUGCCGCCACUGCUGCCGCCAAUGCUGCAUCUGCUGCAGCCAAGGCGAAAGGUAUUGCUCCGGUGGGAUCUUAGCAUUCGAUAUUGGCAAUACACUUUCUCGACCCAUUGUGCAUAUUAAGUACUAGUGCCUUUAUGCCGAUUCGAAAAAUGCAUAUUCUUCAUGGCUGCCACGGUGGUUCGAUUAUUGUGCCAUGGUGAUUUUGGACAUAAAGGGAAGUCAUAGAAGGUGAAAUUUAACAGGAAAAUGUCAAAAUGUAGGAUUUAUAUGAGAUGGGUAUCUUUCCUGUUUUGAUUUCUUAGAUACAUACAUACAUACAGUUGACAAUAAUGAGUUUUGCAAUCUCAUUCUUUAGAGCUAUAUAACUUAUGCUGGAGUAACCUACGUUUUGGCCCCUAUGGUUUGUCAAAAAUUGCGACUACAAAUCUGUGUACUUUUGAAA